AUGAGACUUUCAAAUGCCGCCUUUCUAUUGGAUGGUGGUACCCAUCAAACCUAAUUCCUGGAACUGAUCCUGCAAAAGGAACAUCAGUUCCUGGUGAGAUGAGCCUGACCACCAAAACAUGGACAAUCUACCCUGCUGCUGGGGCUGCUGUCCUUGACAGCCCAGGGAGAAGUCAGGCUGUCCAGGAAUCUUGCAUUGCCGUGUGCCCUGUGUACCAGUCCCUGCCUGGCUUUAUAAUGGUGAGUGAUAGAUAUUGACUGAACCACUGUUGUCUCUCCAUGGCCACUGCAAAGAAGAAGAUGGUGGGUUUUCCAGAAUCCUUCACAACUGGGUACCUCCUGCUCCUCCUCCUCUUCUUUCUCCAUCUGUCCACUCUGGGUUCAGCUCAGUUUUCUGUGAUUGGACCUGCUGAGCCCAUUCUGGCCCUGGAGGGGGAAGAUGCUGAUUUACGCUGUCACCUGGAUCCCAAGAUGAGUGCUGAGCCCAUGCAGGUGAGGUGGUUCCGAUCCGAAUUCUCUAACAUUGUGCACCUGUAUGAUAAUGGAGAGGACAAGUUUGAAGACCAGAUGGAGGAGUAUCAAAGGAGGACGGAGUUGGUGACAGACGCCAUGGAUUAUGGGAGUGUGGCUGUGAGAAUACACAGUGUAAGAGUCUCUGAUGAGGGAAAGUUUCGCUGCUUUUUCGUUAAUGACCAGAUGUAUGAAGAUGCUCUUCUGGAGCUGCAGGUGGUUGCUCCCCUCUUUCCGACGGCUUUGUCCUUGAUGGUGGCCCUGGGUGUGACCCUCCCUGUGCUGGGACUUCUCAUCACUGGGGGUCUUUAUCUCAUCUGGAAACACCCCAGGGACAAAGGGAAACUCCAGAUCGAGCUCAGGUGGAGCAGGGGCCAGUUGCACAUGGCCAACGUCACUCUCGAUCCCGACUCGGCGUAUCGCUUUCUCGUCCUGUCUGAGGAUGGGAAACGGGUGACAGUGGGAUUCAUACGGCAGGACCUGCCCGACAAGCCGGAGAGAUUCAGUGAUGUUUGGUGUGUGCUGGGCCGCGAGUGCUUCACCUCCGGGACACAUUGCUGGGCGGUGGAUGUGGAAGACGCGACCGUCUGGUCUCUGGGGGUCUGUAGGGAAAAUGUGAGGAGAAAAGGGAAGAUCUCGGAGUCACCUGCCGACGGACUCUGGGCCGUGAAGAAAGAGAGAGAACAAUACUGGGCGCUCACCUCUCCUCGCGUCCCUCUCUCCCUGACCACCUCCCCCCGCCGGGUGGUGGUUUACCUGGACUGCGAGGCCGGAGACGUCUCCUUCUACAAUGGCACUGACGGAUCCCACAUCUACACUUUCCCCCGCGCCGCCUUCUCGGGGACCCUCCGACCUUUCUUCCGCCUUUAUUACCUGUAUCAAUCCCUGAAAAUCUGCCCUGUCCCUGGUGGGGAAGGGGAAAACCCUGUCCCUGCCCCCGCUCAGGAGACUCCAGUGACCCCCCCAGGGCAGGGACCGGCCUCAGUCGCUGGAGAUGGGGAUCCCCUCCCUGGGGCCGUUGCCCCAUUGCUCCCCCCGCAGCCCGGCUCCGGAGUCCCUCCUGCCCCUUAGGGAGCCUCCCGGCCCUGACCUGCCCUCUGCCCCCUGUACCGCUCAUUCCCCCCCCCCCCACCCUCCCCAGGGCUGCAUCUGCUGUGUCCCCGCCUCCUCCGCUGCUCCCCCAGGGCAGGCCCAGCCUAGGAGGGGUCUCUGCUAUUGCUGCUGCUGCUGGGGAAGUGUCCCUGCUGAGGGCGGGGCUGGGGGCAGUAAAGCAGCUGCUGCAACUCUGGUACCUCAGUGGGGUUUUACAAGUGCCACUGACCCUCCUGCGCCUUACUCCUCCACCAGACCCUGAACUCGGAGGGCAGAGGGGCAGCUCGCCUCCAUCGCACAGUUGUGAUAGACUCCAGAUUCUCCUGGUUUAUGGCAAUUCUUUUUGAACAUUCGUGUGGGAUUGGGUUCUGUUCCUGGCUCAGUGUGGCGCUGGCUAAUGUGGUUACAUGCCUCACCUUGAAUUCCCCAUAAUAAUAAUAAUAAUGAUGGCAUUUGUUAA